UCCUUUGUAAUUGGCUGGCCGAGAGCUUCGUGGGGUUCGGCGUCGUGGAGGGCGCUGCAGCGGCCGCUGGCGCCGCUACCCCGCGGCUGGGCCGCGCUCUUUCGGUUGCGAGCCUCUAGGGUGUUGGUGACGACAUGUGGCGCCUCCCGGGACUCCUAAGCCGAACUUUUCCCCGUGUGCUAGGACCUGGCCUCCGGGGGGUGACCCCCAAGUCCACCAGCCCAGAUGGGUCUCAGACUAUCUCCUCGACCCUGCUGGUCUCUGCGCCAAGCUUUGACAGGUCAGGCCCCCAUGGCCCAGGUCCAGGCACAAGCAGGGGCCCAAGGUGCCAUGGAUGGAAGGAUGCCUUCCAGUGGAUGUCUAGCCGUGUCUCCCCAAACACCUUGUGGGAUGCCAUAUCGUGGGGUACCCUGGCUGUGCUGGCGUUGCAGCUGGCAAGGCAGAUCCACUUCCAGGCAUCGCUGCCAGCAGGACCUCGGCAAGCAGAGCGUGGCUCUUGGCGCAGUCCCCUGGACUGUUUCCUCUCAUCUCCCUUGUGGCAUCCAUGCUCCUCGCUACGGAGGCACAUUCUCCCCAGACCCGACAGCCCAACUCCCAGGCACACUGCCUUCACGGAACCCAGGCUGGGCCAGGAAGAACCCUCCACUCAGCCUGAGAGCUUCUCCUCACGUGGCUCCUUGAGAGCAGCUGGUGUUCAAGAUCCCUCUGAGGAAGAUUCCAGUGAUAUUGGCUUCCUGCACACCAGCAGUAGCUUCAGCUCCCAGGCAAAACCAGCCCAGCCCCAGCCCACUGGUGAAAAACAGGAACAAGAUAAAUCAAAAACGCUUUCCCUCGAGGAGGCUGUGACUUCCAUUCAGCAGCUCUUCCAGCUCAGUGUCUCCAUCGCUUUCAACUUCCUGGGAACAGAGAACGUGAGGAAUGGGAACCACACAGUGGCCUUUUCCUACUUCCAGAAAGCUGCACAGCGUGGCUACAGCAAAGCACAGUACAACGAGGGCUUGUGCCACGAAUAUGGCAGAGGCACCCCCAGGGACCUUAGCAAGGCAGUCCUUUGUUACCAGCUGGCUGCCAGCCAGGGCCACUGCCUGGCUCAGUACCGCUUUGCCAGGUGCCUGCUACAAGACCCAGGCUCCUCGAGGGACCCUGAGCAGCAGAGGGCAGUGUCCAUGCUCAAGCAAGCUGCAGACUCAGGCUUGAGAGAGGCCCAAGCUUUCCUCGGGGUGCUUUUUACCAAGGAGCCGUACCUGGAUGAGCAGAAAGCUGUGAAAUAUCUUUGGCUUGCUGCCAACAAUGGGGACUCACAGAGCAGAUUCCACUUGGGAAUUUGCUAUGAGAGGGGCCUUGGAGUGCAGAGGAAUCUGGGAGAGGCUGUGAGGUGUUACCAGCAGUCUGCGGCUCUGGGGAAUGAGCCUGCGCAGGAGAGGUUGCGGACCCUCUUUUCCAUGGAGACAGCAGCCCUGGAACGCAAGGACCUGGCAGUCACAGGAUUGAAGUCCUUCUCCAGCCCCUCCCUCUGCAGCCUGAACACCCUGCUGUCAGGAGCCUCACGCCUCCCACAUGCCUGGAGUACAGGGAGCCUUGGCCUCCUCUGCAGAAGUGGCUAUCUCGGAUCCAGCUCCAGAGACCCCAGCAGGGCUGUCCCCCAAGACCCCUACCCCUUGGAAAGGAGUCUCGUCAGACUGGGUUUUGGCUAAGACUCUUCACUUCAGCCCUAAAGAUGGAGCCUGUGGGUUCUCAGAAGAGAUACACAACUUGAGUCCCAAAGAAGAGGCCAGUUAUCCACCCACCUUCCCAAACAACCUUAAGUACCUGCCCCAGCACAGGAAAGAAGAGGAGAAUAUCUGAAGACCCAGGUUCUGGCCAUGUCACUUUGCAUGGCCGUGUCACCUUGAAGCAGUGGGUAGCCUGACUCACUGCAUUGCUUCCGCAGCUGUAGACCAAGGGCAGUGGUAUCUCCCCUCCUACUCUGUGGGGCUGGUGGGGCAUUUCACUGUGGACCGGACCUUGGUCCUCAUGUAGGCCUAGGAGGCCGAGUGAUGGUGUGUUUACAUGGCUGUGUGAGUCACCAGGCCAGGAGAGGAGCCAGGCCUCCUGACCCCUGGCCCAGGGCUCUUCUGCAUUGUUCACCCUGUAAUUUUACGUGAAAGCAUUUUUAUUGUCCUGCCGACGUGGGGGAGUGAAUGGAGAUGGAGCACCUGGACUCUUGGAGCAAGAGAGUGUGGAUUUUGAGAUCUUUGUUUGUGAAGGGUGUGCCAGAAAUGGAUGGGAGUUUAAUAAAACAGAUACGGGAUUAUCUCAUCA